CACCCCUACCCGGCCGAUCUGCCAGACCCCCAACAUUCCCUGCCCCCUCUCUCCCCUAUUCACUAGCUGUGUCCUGCCCAGCGGUGUCAAUGCCUGGCUGCAGCCCGCCUGCCACCAACCACCCGGCCACGCCGUGCCCAGCUCCCAUAUAGCCAGCCAGCAGCCACUAGCAGCAGCCUGGGAGCGCUGGCAUCACUAGGAGCCCUGCCUCUGUAGGUAGAGACUGUGUUGUUGCAGGGGGAAGAAGGGAAGAGGCCGGGCAAUGGCGACCUCCUUCCAGGGGACGACCACCAAGUGCACCGCCUGCGACAAGACGGUGUACCUCGUCGACAAGCUCACCGCCGACAACCGCGUCUACCACAAGGCCUGCUUCCGCUGCCACCACUGCAAGGGCACCCUCAAGCUUGCGAACUACAACUCCUUCGAGGGGGUGCUCUACUGCAGGCCUCACUUCGACCAGCUGUUCAAGAGGACGGGGAGUCUGGACAAGAGCUUCGAAGGAACUCCGAAGGUUGUCAAGCCAGAAAGAAAGAAUGAGAAUGCUAUUAAAGUCUCCAGUGCCUUUGCUGGCACCAGAGAGAAAUGUGUUGGAUGCAGCAAGACAGUCUAUCCAAUUGAGAGGGUUACCGUCAACAACACAAUGUAUCACAAGAGCUGCUUCAAGUGCUGCCAUGGAGGAUGCACCAUCAGCCCUUCGAACUACAUCGCGCACGAGGGGAAGCUCUACUGCAAGCACCACCACAUCCAACUGAUCAAGGAGAAGGGGAACUUCAGCCAGCUCGAGAAUGAUCACGAGAAGACAUCACAGGCUGGCUCGCUGGAGGACGAAGAAGCAGAGUAUUAAUCUUUGAGCAUUUCCACAGAUGAAUAAUGAAUCUCCUUGCAUUUGCUCGAGAGCAAUAUAUCUUUCUGUGGCACGGUUUGGUUUCAGUUUUACCCAUGGAGGUCAUGUGCGCUCGGAGAACAAUGAUACAUCGUCUUGUAUCUGCAUGUAAACCUUGUUAUAUCUGAGUCAAAAUCUCUACCUUGUUUCACCA